AUGAUACCUGCUUUAAGCGUUAUUAUUCCUACCAUUAUCGUUGUAUUCUGUGGAAUGACAAAAUUAUGUACAAACAGUAAAUCUUCACCAAAAUGUUCAAAGAUUCUCUUCAAAUGCGGUUUUUACUCCGGUCUAAUUGCUCUUGCCGGAGCAUUCUUUAUCGGAUGGAUUAUAAUGCUUAUUGCUAGUUUAAGUUUUGCUAGUGGCUACAGUAUAGAAGCGCUUUGUAAUCCGUUAUUUCACGAUUCCAAAAUGCGCCUUUUCAGUACAGUACCACUAUUUCAGUUUAACAUACAAAUUCCUAUCGAUAGGAAAAAUUUUACGACAAAUAUCGGUAAUAUUAUAAAACAAUGCAAAAACAAUGAAACCAUUCUGUCGGUGUUAGAAAUCGAAAGGUUAAUUAAUGUUGAUGGAAUUAUGAAAAAAAUGGAUAUUGAAGGAAGACGAAAUAGAGCAAUUGAUGUAAUCAAAAAUAUAAAUUUAAAGCAGCAUUUUCCGGAGCAAUUUUUUAAUCAACUUAUGGAAGAUUCUGAAUGGUUGGAAAAGAUGAAUACUGAAUUGAAUAAUUUUAUUAUUUCGGAUGAUAUUGCAGUACUGAAUGAAUCAUUGCAUGAUAAUUUCAACUAUAUGUUUGAUAAUAUAUCAAAUUUAAUCAAAAUUAUAACUGAUACCACUAAUACAACAAAGCAAGUAAUUGAUGAAUACCUUUAUUCGAAUGAAAUGAUUAAUGAAAGUACUCAAAUAAUUGUAAGGGAAACCAAUAAUACAAUUACUAUUAUCAGGAAAUAUAUUUCUGAGAGUACGAAUUAUUUACGAAAGAAUUCAUAUGGUUGUCGUCCUUUCUAUGAUAUUUGGCAUAAUACAGGUUUAGCAAUGCGACAAAAAAUUGGUCAACCAAUUCAAGCUCUUUGGUUAACAACUGCCCUAUUAGCACUAUCAUUUAUUCCAGUUAUUAUUCUUACAAAGCUUAUUAUGAAAUAUCUUACUAAAAUGAAUAGAAAAUAUGAUUUUAAAGAAAAAAUAUUAACAUUAUAA